AUGCAGGCUAUCCAAUCCAAACAGAUCGGUACCGAAGGCUGGCUGCAGGACACUGUGCGCUCGCUGGGCUCGUACGCACAGACAAGCACCCCCGCUUACACACUCGCCGCCCUGUUCGCCCUUUCCACCCCUUUCGGUUUCGCUUCACCUGCACAGGCCGCCGCUGAAGCCGCAGCCAAGCUGCAGCGCCAGAAGCAACUCGCUCAAGCUUCGACAGCUGCCUCAAGUCAGGGCUCAAAUGGUCUUGUUGCCCGCCUGGUCGCCAAUGUCCAGGCUCAGAAAGUUGCCUCGGCUCAAAUGCAGCCGCCCUUGCGCACCGUCCCGCCCUUCUGGCAGCUCGCGUUCUUUGCAGCCGCAUUCAGCACGGGCGGAUACAUGAUCGAUCAAGGCGAUCAGCUCAAUGGCAGUGGCGUCAUCACGGCUUGGUCCCUGACGUAUCUCAUCUUCAAAACGGCUCCUUCCUUGAAACAGCUUCCCAAAAAUCCGCUUGCCUUGUCGCUCUCGGCUGCUGUGCUCUCAGUUGGUCUCGGUGUGCACGGCAGUCACUACUUUGAUAGGACCAGCUGGCGAGGUGCGAUGCCAUCCUUGGCGGGUGCGGGUGAAGCGGAGGUAUCUACAAAGGGUCGAUCGAGCCUACUUUCCUUUGACACGUUCGGCAAGACAGAUCAAACCAAGGCACCAGCCAGCAUCUUUGCUAGCGGACAAUAUUCGACCAUGGCGAGCGCGGCCAAUGUAUCCGAGCAAGUCAAUUUUAGUGCACAUGCGAGUCUCGGCUCCGCUCGCAACAACGAUCAAGCCCGAACUGUUGCCUUCUUGCGUCGCCAAGGAUCAUCACAGCCAGCACCCAUCGUUGCGUGA